AAUGGGAGAGGAGUACGAUUUUCUCAGCGAUGAGAAAUGCCGCGAUUUUCUACAACAGCAUUCUGACCAGAAUGUGACAUUGGACAAGCAGCAGAGUUGCACCGAGGGCUGUAUUAAGACUAAUGAGUUUUGUCCACCGUUGCGGGCAAUGUUUUUUAGACAUUAAGAAUGUGCCGCUGUUUUAAGUUUCUUUAGAGAAAAUGGACAGCUUUUUGCUAAAAUUCUCAGCAUGAGCAAAAUCUGUUUAAAUAUCCUUUCGCAAGGCAUUGUGGAUCAUGUAGGAUAAAGGCGCGCUACUUUCUAUUCAUCACUAUUGGGUCUGGCGUCAUUGGAAACUACAUCACCCCAACUGCAACUGUUUCAGUUAAUACCUAGGAGGACGCACUGAACAGUUUUUUUCAGAUGGACCGAACACAGGAGGAUGUAGACCUGUGCAUGACACGAAGGGCAAUGGAAGAUCCCAAAUCCAUUCAGAGGAGGUUUGAAGCGGCUGUUAAAGUGAUCCGAAGUUUACCUGAAGAUGGCUCCUAUGACCUGUCUGAUGAUAUGCUGGUUAUGUUCUACAGUUACUACAAACAAGCUACAGCAGGACCAUGUAACACCCCGAAACCCAACUCUUGGGAUCCUAUUGGUAAAGCUAAAUGGGAGGCAUGGAAAACCUUGGGAAACAUGUCAAAGGACCAAGCCAUGAUGGAAUAUGUUCAGGAAAUACAGCAGAUAAUUGAAACCCUCCCGGUCACAGACAGGAUGGCAGAAUUAAUGGACGCUCUUGACCCAUUUUAUGAGAUGGUGGCGGAAGAUGAUGAUGAUGAUGAUGACGAUGAAGAUGAUGCAUUCAGUAAAGCAGCACCCUUAUCCACAGGAAACACUAAUGCCGAAAAAACUGAUGAUGCUGCUGAGAAACUUAAAGAGGGGGAAAGUGAAAUGAAUGGGGAAAAUAAGGAAGAUGAGAUGGAGAUGGAGAAGAGGAGGAAAGACUCGAGCACAUUUGCAGCAGGGAGAGGAGGUUCAUCAGUGUUUAAUGAAAGUGAGGAGAACAGCAUGUCCUCCUCAACCGAUGACGCUCAUAGUUCUCUGAACACGGGGGAGGAAGAGGAGGAAUUGACUUAUGAUGACUCAGACGAUGAGAUGUACAGUGACUCAAUGGAAAAUCCAGCAACACAAGAGAAGGCUGAAAUCCUUGCUCUCAAAACUCAGCACUCUAAGUCACCAAAAAAGAGGUUGCCCUGGUGGCCUUUAAACAUGUCCCCUAUCACUGUAGCACUGACAGUUAUCUGGCCCUUUGCUGUGCAAUGGCUGCUGCAGUUUUACUUACAGAAAACGAGGAGAAGGUUAAGAGUGAAGUGAAGAUUCAGUUACCAGCUGCGCAGCUCCUGAAGACUUUCAAGUGGUCUGGACGUAUCUGAUAUAUACAACAGUGAAUAUUGUGAUGCCACACUGAGCCUCAGGACCUUAGUAAGGACUUGAUAAGGAUACACACUACUGUUCAGAAGUUUGGGGUCA